CGGGGUGAGAUCCGCAAAGAGUGCCUGAGCAUCUCGAAAAGUGCGUCGCACGUAAAGUGCGAAGCGUGAUAUGAAAUAGUGAAUUGGAUCGUGAUUCAAAUGGACAGGUCGAUACUAGCCGCGCGUCAUGAGAUUGUGAAAGGAAUCGAGAACGUAUAAGAAGGUGGCAGGAAGUGGGAAAAGGGCCAGGGAUACAACGCUCACGCCCGGUUGUCACGACGCCAUGUUUCCCCGAAGUGGUCUACCGAUGUCGAGUAUCCCUUUGAUGGUACUCUGCUUUUUCGUACUUAUCGUCGCCGGCCUUGACGAAUCCGGUGUUGAGAAAAUAGAAACCCCUGAAGCACUGUUAAAAAUCACAGCAUCUCAGGAUUUAGAGGGUAUAGAGGCUGAGAGUACACCAUCUAUAAUAUGUAAACUCAGUGUACCGGGACAUAUAUGGUGGACUAGCAAUGGAAAGAAUCUCACUACAAUUAAAGAUUUUGAGUCUGUAGGGCGUUUGGAUAUCAAACAGGCUAGUAGAAAUGAUACAGGAGACUACAAGUGUAUGGCACAAACUACAGAUGGAGAAUUGUUGGAAAAAGAUGUCCAUAUCAGAGUUAUUGAGCCAGGUAGAAUAACAACUGGAGAGGACAUUAGGGCAAAAGUAAUGGAAUCAGCUAACUUGACAUGUCACAUGCAUGGCUAUCCAUUAUCUCAAUUUACUUGGUUAAAAGGGAAUGAUUCAGAAAGUAUAGAGCACCUGAAAGAUUUUACUACUAUCACGCAGAUAAACGAAACUCUCACCGUACUGUCUCUAGAAUUUUCGAGUUUAGCGCGUAAAGAUAACGGAACGUAUAUUUGUAAAGCACGUGAUUAUAGCGGUGAAAUUAGCGCUUAUAGGCACCUUUUUGUAAUUGAUGUACCGAAAGUAAGCAUUGACUUUAUGAAAGCAGUUGGUGCUGGAAGUAUAUUUUUGAACUGGACUGUAAAUGACGGCAACGAGCCGAUUAAAAAAUAUUUUAUCCAACAUAUGAAAAACGGCACUAAUCAGUAUCAAUAUUAUUCCGAGCAAAUUGGUGGUGGUAAUUCGAGCUACGUUUUGAAAGGUUUCGAAAGUGGUACAGCAUAUCAGAUUGGAAUUAGUGCUACAAACGUCGUGGGUACAUCGCAUGUAAGACUUGAUCCACGUUGGAUCACCACACUUGAAAAAGAUCCAAUUUUUGUGCCAAAAGUUUCCGUAAACGGAGUCACUGAAAAUUCUAUCACUAUAGGAUGGACAGUACCACCGCCGGAUUUGAAAGAACACGUUCAUUAUUAUAACUUAAUGGCUACACAUGGGGAUCAGAAAAGAGAAGCGGUGUAUCCCGCUCAACCGUUUACCGUAUAUGCUUUCGUCGAUCUUGAUCCUGCCACGGCGUAUAAGUUUAAGAUUGACGCGUGCAGCGAAUAUACGAAAGAAUGUGGAAAUUGGAGUGCUGAAGUGAAUGGUACUACUUUGGAUGGAGUGGCUAGUCCUCCUCAAAAUCUAUCCGUUAAUUGUCGAUUCGAUAACAUAAGUAGUUCCAGUUUUAUAUCCAUCACAUGGGUUCAUCCAGACAAACCGAACGGUGUUAUUACACGCUAUAACAUACAACUGACCGGCGUCGCCAAAUUUAAAAAUGAUAUGGGUCGUUUAGAUAUCGAAACCUGGGGACCACAGAAUUGGAGCGUUUAUAAAAAGAAUAGCACUCAUUUUAAUCAAAUACCGCCUAACACAGAUUACACUGUCCGCGUGAACGGUGUAACUAGAUCUCGUAGACCAGGAAAAGAUGCUGUAGGUAAUUGUACCACACCGGUUACCAUUCCAGAUAGGGACAGUUUAAACAUGCGAUCUUGGCGAAAAAUCGAGAACCAGGGUAAACAGUUGUUCAAACUGUAUCUUCCGCGUAUCACAGAGAGAAAUGGUCCUAUAUGUUGUUAUCGAGUUUAUUUGAUAAAAUUAGCACCACAGAAGAGUGUCAGUGAUCUGCCACCACCCGAGGAAAUCGGUGUAUAUUCAUACCAGUAUGCUCAUAAUACACCUUCUGGUGGUGCUUACGUUGCCGAAACGUUCGAUAGCGAUCGAUUAAUAUCGGAAAUCUUCCUUGGCGAUGGCGAAUCAUUCAACGGUAGCAGUAUGUGCAACAAAUGUAUUGGACUUCGGCCAAAAGCCGCUCCACCGAUAUUACAUUUUGUUCCUGAAGUUCCAACAACUACGGCGCCACUCAAUACAACACCUGCCACUACUACAACAACCCCAGCAACAACUACGACUACAACACCAGCUCCAACGACAUCGACUACCACUACUCAAAAAAUAGAAACAACCAUUGCGAAUGUAGUAGAGAGCAAUCAGACAGAGACUGUAGAAAGAAGAAAGAGAGACAAUAUGGCUACUCAGAAAACAAAGAAUAAUGAUGGAUCUUUCGAUCUUGUUCCACAAGAUGGUUUCUUAGACGAAAAAUCAAACUACACCGGUUUCAUUGAAGUUAUCGUAUUUGGAAAUCAGGAAAAUCAAUUUUUAACAGCAUACAGCAACUACUUCCAUCCUCUUUACGGAGGAUUGGACUCCACGAAUACCGUAUCAACGGAAGUUACCACACUCAGCGUAAUUCUGCAGAUUUCCAUUGCCCUUAUACUGAUCAUCAUUAUUCUUCUCAUUGCGCUUUGCGUAUUGCAUAGAUACACAAAGCGUGCUCAACAAAGGGGAGAGGAAAUUAUAACUUUGAGAAAUAGUUUCAGACAUUUGUGCAGAAGUCUCAGAGGAAGACAUCAACUGGUAGCAGCGAGCCCUCCUGACAUGCCACCCGUCCCUAAGAAUGAACUGCUCCAGGCAUACCUUGAACGACACCGAGAUUCCGAUUAUGGUUUUCAACAUGAGUUCGAAUUGCUACCGGACAGAUUUACAGAUCGUACGACAAGAGCCUCAGAAGCACGCGAGAAUCUGUACAAAAAUCGUUAUCCAGACAUAAAGUGUUACGAUCAAACCAGAGUAAGACUCGCACAAAUGGAUGGUAUUUGCGGAUCCGACUACAUAAACGCGAACUUUGUGCUAGGAUAUAAAGAACGCAAAAAAUUCAUAUGUGCCCAAGGUCCAAUGGAAAAUACUGUUUGCGAUUACUGGAGAAUGAUUUGGGAACAACACCUUGAGCUGAUACUUAUGUUAACGAAUCUUGAAGAAUAUUCGAAGACAAAAUGUGCAAAAUACUGGCCAGACAAGGGUGAAACCAAAAAUUUUGGAGACAUCACCGUUGAACAUAUUCGAGAGAGAGCUUACUCGGAUUAUGUAGUUCGUGAAUUGAAAAUGACUCGAUUAGGAGAACGAGACGCGCGCACCAUUGUUCAAUAUCAUUUCUUAGUUUGGAAAGACUUCAUGGCGCCGGAACAUCCUCAUGCGAUACUGAGGUUUAUCAAAAGAGUGAACGAAGCUUACUCUUUAGAGAAGGGACCCAUAUUGGUGCACUGUAGUGCAGGUGUUGGACGAACAGGAACGUUAGUCGCGUUAGAUUCUCUGCUGCAACAACUCGCAGAGGAGGGGCAAGUUUCGAUUUUCAACACAGUAUGUGAUCUGAGACAUCAAAGAAACUUCUUAGUGCAAUCGUUGAAACAGUAUAUUUUCAUUUAUCGUGCGUUAAUGGAAAUGGCACAAUAUGGGGACACGGAGAUUUCGGCAUCUCAGCUUAAAGCUGCAAUGGCGAGAUUAAGACAAAGGGAUAACGGCAAAGAAAAAUGUAGAAUGGAAGAAGAGUAUGAUAAAAUCAACUCUGUAUUGGAAGAUAGAAAAUCAUUUUCUGUUGGCGGAGGGGAAGAGAACAAAAGUAAGAACAGAAGCGAUUUAGUAAUACCAUAUGACAGAAAUCGAGUAAUUCUCACACCUGUGCCAGGCAGAGAACACUCGACGUAUAUAAACGCAUCAUUCAUCGAAGGCUAUGACAAUUCUGAGUCAUUCGUUAUUACUCAAGACCCGUUAGACACUACUAUAGCAGACUUCUGGCGAAUGAUUUCAGAGCAGUGUAUCUCUACGAUAGUAAUGUUAUCAGACUUGAACGAAGGUCCACGAAAGUGUCCACGGUAUUGGCCCGAUGACGAAGAUGUAUAUGACCAUAUAAAAGUUAGAUACAUUCAAAGCGAGAGCUGUCCAUAUUACACUCGCCGCGAAUUCUGUGUUUCCAAUACGAAAACUGACGAAAGUGUUGUUGUGACGCAAUAUCAGUACCAUGGAUGGCCCACAGUAGAGGGGGAAGUACCUGAAGUAACUCGUGGUCUCAUUGAGCUCGUAAACCAAACGCUUACGAACGACACAGAAUCAAGUGGCUCGCUAGUUGUACACUGCAGUUAUGGAUCUGAUAGGAGUUCCAUGUUCGUCGCUCUUAGUAUAUUGGUUCAACAACUAAGGACUGAAAAACGCGUAGACAUUUUCACCACGACAAAGAAAUUACGUUCACAAAGACAUGGCAUGAUUAGCACUUUUGCACAAUACGAAUUUUUGCACCGUGCUAUCGUGAACUAUUCAGAUCUUCAUAAUUUGGCCGACGAUGAACCAGCAUCUUAAUACUACAAACU